AUAAAAAUCAGAAAAGAUCAUCAGUUUAGAAUUAUAUAUAAGGAUCGAGAUCAUCAUCGAUCACAAGUAGUUGAUCAUAAUAAGAUCAAAUCAUGGCACCCGUCGGACUUCCUCCAGGUUUUAGGUUCCAUCCCACCGACGAAGAGCUCGUGAAUUAUUAUCUCAAGAGAAAAAUCAAUGGCCAAGAAAUCGAACUCGACAUUAUUCCUGAGGUCGAUCUCUACAAAUGUGAACCAUGGGAGUUAGCAGAAAAAUCAUUUUUGCCAAGUAGAGAUCCAGAGUGGUACUUCUUUGGACCCCGAGAUAGAAAAUACCCAAAUGGAUUCAGAACAAACAGAGCAACUCGAGCUGGAUAUUGGAAAUCCACAGGAAAGGACAGGAGGGUUACAUGCCAGAACCGACCCAUUGGAAUGAAGAAGACGUUGGUUUACUACAGAGGGAGAGCUCCUCAGGGGAUUAGAACUGAUUGGGUAAUGCAUGAAUAUCGCCUCGACGACAAGGAGUUCGAGGACACCUCCGGAAUUCAGGACACAUAUGCACUUUGUCGAGUGUUCAAGAAAAAUGGAAUUAUCUGCUCUGAAAUUGAAGAGCAAGGGCAAUGUAAUUUAUCAUUACUUGAGAGCUCCCAAGGUGUGGUCAAUGAAUAUGAAACCAUGUCCCCAGAUGUUACCAUGGCAUCAUCAUCAUGCGUGGAUGAGGAAGACAAAGAUGAUUCGUGGAUGCAGUUCAUCACAGACGAUGCAUGGUGUUCUUCUAAUGUGGCGGCUAUGGCUGUCGUUGGCGGCGGCGGUGGUGGUGAAGAAGUCUCUCGCAUGCAGCAGGCAUUCACAAACUAAAAGAGUUAAUACAUAAUAUUAUUGGUGGCGAGCGAAUAAUAUAUAUCAAAGAAAAAAAAAAUCAGAUAUCUUUUAUAUAUAAUAAGACACAUUUUGCCAACAGUUAUAUAAGAUUUUCCAAUUCUCAAUUGUUGAUUAAUCAUCUCUAAUUUGGGUAUGAUGGUUUGGUUGGGUUUUGCUAAUUCUGUAGAGUCAAAUUAUCAGCUAGACUCUAUGGAUCCUUUUUUUUUUUUUCCCUUCUUCUUCUUCUCAAAUAUAUAUAUAUAGUUGCCUCUUCUAUGAGGUGAUUUGGGUGUU